AUGCUUUUCGCUCUGCAUUAACAGCUGACUGUCGAGUCCAGCGUCAUGGCGAGUCGGAUCUGAGUGGAGAGUUUUGUAUGAGAUGGAGUGCAGGAGGAAAAACUCAAGCCGAUCGAACAGUGGAAGUGGUGAAGACUCUCUCGACAGACUCCUCCCUCCAGUCAGCACCUCUCGCAGGAAAAGCAGCACUUUGGGUAAAACAGAACCUCCACUGCUCCGCACCGGUACACGUACCAUCUACACAGCCGGCAGACCACCCUGGUACAAUGAACAUGGAGCCCAGUUUAAGGAGGCCUUUGUUAUUGGUCUGUGUGGUGGCAGUGCCUCCGGAAAAACUACUGUAGCCAAUAAAAUCAUUGAAGCGUUGGAUGUACCUUGGGUGGUUUUGCUGUCUAUGGACUCGUUCUAUAAGGUUCUGUCUCCAGAGGAACAAGCUCUAGCUGGCCAUAACGACUAUAACUUUGACCAUCCUGGAGCUUUUGACUUUGAGCUGCUUGUGACCACGCUGCGGAAACUUAAACAGGGAAAAAGUGUAAAAAUCCCAGUCUAUGACUUCACUACACAUGGACGCCAGAAAGACUGGAAAAAUGUUUACGGUGCCAGCGUCAUUAUCUUUGAAGGCAUCUUGUCCUUUGCAGACAAAGAGCUCUUGCAGCUGAUGGACAUGAAGAUUUUUGUAGAUACAGAUUCAGAUAUCCGGCUGGUACGGCGGCUGAGGAGGGACAUCACAGAGAGAGGCCGGGACAUUGAGGGGGUCAUUAAACAAUAUAAUAAAUUUGUAAAACCAGCCUUUGAGCAGUACAUCGAACCCACCAUGAGACUUGCAGACAUUGUAGUGCCACGUGGUGGAGGUAACAUGGUGGCCAUUGACCUGAUCGUUCAACAUGUUCACAGUCAGCUAGAAGAGCGUGAGAUUAGUGUCAGGGCUCUCCUGGCCACGGCCCAUCAGUCCCAGCCGCUUCCUCAGACUCUCAGUGUGUUGGAAAGCACACCACAGGUCCGCGGCCUCCACACCAUCAUCAGGAACAAAGACACCAGUCGUGACGAGUUCAUCUUCUACUCGAAGAGACUGAUGCGGUUGCUUAUUGAACAUGCGCUGUCUUUCUUGCCCUCCAAGGCCUGCUUCAUCCAGACACCGCAAGGCCAAGAGUAUGAGGGGCGAAGGUUUAGUGGAAAAGGGAUCACAGGUGUGUCCGUUCUUCGGGCCGGGGAGACCAUGGAACCUGCUCUGAGAGCUGUGUGCAAAGAUGUCCGUAUCGGCAAGAUUCUGAUCCAGACUAAUCUAGAUUCAGGAGAACCAGAGCUGCACUACCUGCGACUGCCCAGAGACAUCAGUGAGGACCAUGUGAUAUUGAUGGACAGCACCGUUUCCACAGGAGCAGCAGCCAUGAUGGCAGUCAGGGUGUUGCUGGACCACGAUGUCCAGGAAGACAAGAUUGUGUUGGUGUCUCUGCUGAUGGCGGAGUUGGGUGUUCACUCCGUGGCUUAUGCCUUCCCUCGUGUCAAAAUCAUCACCACCGCUGUGGACAAGAGCUUAGAUGACCUCCUUCAUGUCAUUCCAGGCAUAGGAGACUUUGGUGACCGUUACUUCGGGACAGAUGGGUCUUCAUCAUGGAGCGAUGAAGAACAGCAAGAACCACAUAGCUGCUCAUCGGAGGUUUGACCCGUUGUUCAAGCAAUUCGGGAAGUUGUGACUAGCGAGGAUCAACACUUACUGUAACUUCAUUAAACCAGCCAGGAACAAAAAAAUAGAUUUAAAAGCACAUUUAUGAGGUGCAGUAUUUUUUAGCACUUCAUUUAAUGACCGUAUAUGCAUGUGAUAUCUUAUUCCGGAGUACUGUUUGUUCCGUGCAUCGUCACGAUAGUUCAAAAUGUUAAAACUAGACAUUUUUAUAUAUUUAAGACAUGUAAACUAGACAUUUAUAUAUAAUUCUAAAUAAUAUUUUUUACAUUUGUAUAAAAAUACAAAUGAAUUAAUGGAUGGACGCAAUUGGCUGUUUAUUGGUUUCACACAAUAAACAUAAAAUAAAAAAUUUUAUUACACUUGAAAACGCUUUAAUCAUUUAACCACAUUGUUUAUUUCAGUUCAACAUAAUUUCUACAAUUUCAAAUGUUACUUUUUUUAAACGUGCUGCUGCACUAUUAACACCAGGGGGCAGUAUUUCACUCCUCCUGCCUCAUUGGGAUUUUGUAGGUUUAGUAAAGACAUUGAAAAUCCAACUAUGGAGCUAAAAUGCAUUUGAAGAUAAUUUGCUGAAGAUUUUUAGAGACAAUUGAGCUUAAAUGUUUCUCAAUAAAAAUCAGAAGACAACCUUGACCUAUCCAUGACCUUAGCAGCUAAAUAGAAUAGUGACUGAAGUCGAGGUGUUUUUGUUGAGAAACCCUGUGAGGUAACAAUUGCACGUAUACUAGAUACUCUGGGUGAAGGUGAAGGGCUCUUCACUAAGAGGAAAUAAAAGCAUUUCUAUUGCAAUGGAAUAAAUGAACUACCAUAUACAGGAAAAAUGUAGAGAUGAGUCAAAGUUAAAAGUUGUUAGAAGCAAAAGCCAUAGAAGGUUAUAAAAGAUAGAUAUGACAUCUGUUUCAACAAAAUUUAGGAAACUUGGCAUAAACAAGUCAUUUUUGAGAUCAGAAUGUUUUACCAAAUUAGGCAACUGGAAACAAAGGGCAGCUGUGAAAUAAUAAUAUUGAAUGUUUAUCUGAAAUUAGUAAAGCCACAGCUAUGAAGUUCCUGGUCUGUCGACUGCAUAACAGUCCAGUAUCACUUCACUAAACUAUUUCAGUUAUUUCAAAGGUUUCGUGAUGCGUUGUAGUACUCUUUUGAAUGCGUGACGGGGAUUGACAUGAAAGAGAAUAAUUUUUUCGAUGUGCUUCUGGAACUCGAAUGUUUCAGUUGCGUUGCCGUCUAUGCAGGGUCAAAAACAAUGACAAACAAUAGGAUAAUUAAAGCAACCAAUUAACAUAUUUUCCUUUAUUACAAAGAAAGGUUUUUUCAGUGUUGCCACGUUACGUUAGUUAUUGAAUAUGUACGCACUGGUCGGGAAUCAGUUAACUUUUUUGAUUAAAAUAGUUAGCAGCUGGAAAACUAUGUAAGAAUUGUCGACCACUGUUUCUAAGUAGUGCAACGCCGCUGUUAGUGACGCUGCUUGACAGCUGCACAGACCCUCAGAUUCUCUCUCUCUCAUAUAACUGCGAAUCAAUAGAUCAAGAUUCCACUAUUAUCUUUAAAAUGACUUUACGGAAUCGGCAGCGGAGGCUCGUGCUGAGAAUGUGUAAAAGAAACUAGCAUUUAAGGACAAAAUCCUUUUUUAAUGAUUUAACAGCACGUCAGCAAAUAAUUUCCUGAUAAAUUUGUAAAUAUCCGGCAUAGUUAAAAUGCCUUUUUGUAUGGUUUAACGUUAAAGCUGCAGUUCGAAACUUUUUCGUUCACGAUUCAAAAAAAUUCUAUAAAAAAAUAUCUCACGAAUCCAUUUAUCAAACCUUGUUUCUGGCUUGUCCUAAAUCAGUGCGAGUGUUAAUAUUCUGACUAUUUAGACUGGUUCGGGUAGGUUUACGUACAGAGAGAAGUAGCUCCGGCUACGAUGUUCUUCCGCAAGAUGCACACAGUUCUGUUUACUAACCGCUAAAGUGACAAAGGUUACGGGGCUGCAGCGUUAAAAACUAAUAGUGCUUGACUCUUAUUGAUGAGGCUCUGGGAGUAUGUAAUACGAAAAAAGUUUGGAAACACUGCAUUAUAAAUUUAACCUCUCUCCACAUUUUGAAAUGGUAGAACAAUGCAUGUUACAUAGUACGAGAAAUAACCUAAUGUACCAUUUCAAAAUGUUUAAUAACUCUUUUUUUGCAGUAUCUGUACAAAGCUGGCAUUGUGUAGACUACUAUAGAGACUACGUUGCAAUCUUACUAGGUUGCUACAACGUGCAGACCCUUUCUCCAGUGCUCUGAAACAUGGGUGACAUCUUGACUUAGCAGAGCUCCUCAUACAUGCUGGAUUCGCCUAGACAACAAACUGGUCUGCGACUGCAGCCUCAAGGUUAACCUGUUACUAUGGAAACAAGUCAGCCAAUAAAAAAACAGCAGACGGUUGCUAUGUUGACUGCACCCUUUUUGUUUUAAGGAUGACCUAUUUUUUUUUUCCAGAGCAAGUCAGAUGCAAGCUUGUGACACUCUCACACAUAAACACACACAGGGACGCAGUAACAGAGGUAGGAAAAGAGGUUACACUUUUACAACCACGGGUUCAUAUGUUCCGUUCGAGGAUUUGAAUGAAAUAAAUACGAAAAAAAUAAAAAUCCUAUGACCUCCUCCAUCUAUUUUGUAAUGUAAUCUUACUGUGAAAUGCGAUGAGAUUUUGUCUCAAUGGAGGGGAAUUCUUAAAUACCAUACCAUGACAGUGAGGCAGUUGUCAUAGGAACAGCAUGUACCACAGUGAAAGGCUGAUGUGACUGCAGCUUCAAUGGAUAAUUAGGGUAAACAAAGAACUCUUAAUGCAAUCCCUCAUCUACCUGAGUGUAUAAACUAAUCAAAGCCGGUUUAAUCAGAGCCUAAUCACAUCCAGAUUUAGAAUGAGAAAUGUCCUCUGGAAUAUUUGCUGAACCUUUUGCAUUGAUGCCUACAGACAUCACAAAAUGCAAAUCUAACACAGGCGCGCAUCUGUUUCUUCUCUAAGUCAGUAAGUCAGAGGAGCAAGACUCCACUAUGCGAGAUCUCACAUCUUUGUCGCUGUAAAAAUCCAUUGCUCUUCUUAAAUAACCUUAUUAAUACUGAACUAGGACAUGUUUAUUUUGGGGUUAGUUCUUCUUUUGCCAUUGAUUUAACACAUCUGAUUAACAUGAUCAUUUAAAUGCAUCUUGCUUAUUAUAGCAAUCGCAGUGUGCUUCAGAAACCCUCCGUCUUCCCCAGCUCCACCUGUAUAGAUCUGCUCCGGGGUAAUUCGUGUAUGAUAUGUAUUGGGGGUUAUUUCAUACAUGGUAUAUGUGCCGCAGCAGUAUUUACACGCUCACAGCAGCAUGUUGUGGAUUUAUUGGCAGUAGCAGGUCUUAGUACUUGCUCUGUGUAUCAGUGUAUCAGUAGCAGUGUAUCAGAUCUAUUCCACCAAGACCAAAAACAUUAACGUUGUUUUGUACAUUACCAUGCCAAUCUCUCAGAGAGUUGUCAUGAUAGAACUACAUAAGCAAAAAAAAAAGGUUCCUGUAAGUGUCCACCACAAUCUGAAGGCAAUUUGUAUAUUUCAAACUAUAAUUCAUAUGAAUUCUAACAAUAUUAUUGUUAAGUAUUCAUACAAUCUGUUUGCAUCGAUAAUUAGGUUUAGGGUUUGGGUUGAAGAAAACCUUCGUGCUUUUUUUCAUGCAGGUCACAUACAAAUUCAUAUGCCAUUGCCACCUUGUAAAAUUCUUGCAUUUUCUCGUGAGAUCAGAUUGUCUGGGCACUUAGUGGUGUAGAGAUUUAAUAAAUGGCUUAUUGUGAGUGAGAAAAUACUAUGUAAAUGCUAUAUGCUUUGUGUUUUUUGAAGUGCUACUUUAUUUAAAAAAGUAUAAACUUGACCCGACAUUUUAUGAAUAGUCAUUUUGAUAUAAAAACAUUACAAUCUUUUGCACAUUAGUACUUAAUUACACAGCUUUAAUACACACCACCCUGUUGUUUGAUAAGCAAACGCACAACAUUAGCUGCCACACUAAACUCAACUGGUCUUUGAGAUACACAGUAUAGCUAAAAUGAUGUGGAAAACAAAACAAAACAAAAAAUCCCAAAGCACAUAAUCAAAACUCACAGAGAUACUGCUGAGAUAAUUUUUCACCAGAAAAAUCAUUCCAAAAGGACAACCAGAAAGAAACAAAUACUUUCAGGAACACCAAGAGCAAAUUCCCUCCCCCCAUUUUCUUCUGUAAUUCUUCUUGUAACAUAUUUACAACAUUGCACCAACAUUUGAUAGCAACGAGGGCUUAGACAAGCUCUUUGAUUAUAUUUAGUUGACCUGAGCCCCUUUUUGUGUGCUCCAGCCAUUUGGGAUAAUUUAAUCCAGAUCACAUUAGCAUCAGAUUCAAAGACACCAAGAGACAGCGGCUAUAGUCCACAAAUCAUAGAUAUUUUGACAUUGUCCACUGGUGAAACUUGUCACUAUCUGGCCAUAAAAUCCCAAAUCCCCCUCCCAUAGACUUACAGGGCGACAUACACUAAUUUUAAAUCUCUUACUCAUUUGUUUUAUUUCUUUUCUUUUUUUUCUUUUUUUUUUUAAAUCUCCUAUUACUUUCGUGUAACAUACAGGAGAUUUUUUUUGCAGCAAUCUAAUGUAUGUGAUUCCAUUCAAUCUGAUCUGGACAUACAUGGACAUCCUGACUGCUUCUGAAAUGAUGGGGGAAAGGGAUUGUCUAUGAUACAUUUCUUCUGACCAACUGUUAUAUUCCUAACUGUCCAGUUUUUUAUUUAGAGAGUCCUCCUUGAGUCCUCAUUGGUCUCCCUCAGUCCUGAAGCGAUUCACUUUGUGCUCUUUCUCAGAUGAAGAAAAAGGCAUAUAAAUCAAACAAUCCACCGACAACAGCAAGAAAUAAACCAUUCUCUGAUACCACAGGACAGUGCUAGUUUCACUUUUCUUUCUUUUCUUUUUUUUUAUCCCUUUACAAGGGUAUUUUUUUCUUGAAAGCAUGCAUCUUUUUAAUCAGGCAAAGUGCAUAAACAGUAUUGACAAAGAAAAACACUUACUUUACCGCAUUGAAGUGCUGUGGUGACUUAUGUGACAGUUUGAAUUGAUGUAUGACCAAAACAAAAAAAAUAACAUGAAAAGACAUUGGGGGUCUCUUGUGAGAUAUGUCAACAUUUUGUGUGCAAUUAUUUAAUAUUUUUGUUCACUGUCCCUGAGCUUUUGCUAAUUCUCUCCAUGAUCUUGCUUUAUUGAAAAUUGCAAUUUACCAUCUAUUACUUUUAACAGAUUUUAAAUCUAGUACUCUUCAAUUUCAGAAGGGCACUGUCUCAGACAGACAACAUGCUAAGCAUGAGAUAUUUGUGCUUAAUAAGAAAAUACUUUCUUGGCGUACAGGAUCUAUUUGACCAGUCGAAUUAGAAUCUUUAUUUUAGCUCUGAAAUUAUGAUUAAUUUUUUUUUUUACAUAAAUAGAGGCUUUGACUUUACAAAAAUAGGGCCAUGUGUUUCCUAAAGCUCUUAGGCAAUAGAUAGCUUUUAGCCAUUUUAAAAUAGGAUCAACUCUUCUAUGAACAGAUGAAAUAAAUUAUUUUGUUAAUAUAUGAUAUUUUGCUUGGCAAUAGCUUUUGAUUGGCUUUCUAAUAAUGUUCAAUUUCUGUGUAGAAUUUUUUGUAAAACAGUACUUUGCUGAGGGCGUCUGCCAAAUAAUUUUUUUCUUCUUUUUAGAGGGCCACGGGGACACAAUUAAACUGUGCUUCUUAACAAGUUACUUCUGUAAUAGACUUGUGCUCUGUUUGUUCUACUUUGGGAUUAUCUAGGCAUCAAAUACAAGUUUGACCCGCAAUUCCGAUGGUCACUCUGUCCUUAACUACAACAUGUAAUGACAAAAACAAGAA